GGGAUCGGUGGAACACUUGAGGCUUCAAUUUGAAAUUAAGUGGCUGAGAGAGUAAGAAAUACGUGACAGAAGAGACACCAAGAAAAGAAAGAUGAAGACGGAGGGAGGGGAGGAGCAUGAAAAGGAGAAAACAAACAACAGAACCAGAAAACAGUCACACUACUCAAAUUCAAUACAUAUUCUCUCUCCUCCCCGGCAAAUCUCCUGCAAGUUAGGGAGGCUGCAAUGGCGUUGGCUUCACCAGCUACAGGAUGUUUUACUGACUUGAGGAAUUCACCUUCCUCCUCAAAACCUUGUUCCUUUUUCUGCAAUUCUACUCACAAGCUCAGCCGUCGCAAGUUCCGAAUUCGCGCCACUGCAACUGUUACUCCUCCUGGUGACACCGCUAAUGGCCGGCCUACUGUCUCUCCUGUCCCCCGCAAGACUGUUGGAGAGAUGUCUGCGGAAAUCAAGCGUAUGAGGGCGCAGAUGGAAGAAAAUGAAGAUGUGGCUAUACUUAUGAGAGGUCUCAGGGGACAGAAUCUCUCCGACUCGCAAUUUGCAGCUGAUGAUGUUCAACUCCGCUUGGUUGAGGUUGAUGAAAGCAGUGAGUUCCUGCCAACGGUAUAUGAUCCAGCCACCAUAUCCUCAUAUUGGGGUAAGCGGCCACGUGCUGUUGCCACACGCGUUGUACAAUUGCUUUCUGUUGCUGGUGGUUUUCUCUCUCGUCUUGCAUGGGAUGUGAUCAAUAAGAAAGUCAAGGAGAAUGAAGUUGCACGAGCAAUUGAAUUAAGGGAGAUUGUGACCUCCUUGGGACCUGCAUACAUCAAACUGGGACAGGCUCUUAGCAUUAGACCAGAUAUACUGUCACCAACUGCAAUGACUGAACUCCAAAAGCUCUGUGACAAGGUGCCAUCAUUUCCGGAUGAUAUUGCGAUGGCUUUCAUAGAGGAGGAGCUUGGGAGUCCUUGGCCUGAAAUUUAUGACGAACUUUCACCCUCUCCAAUUGCUGCUGCAUCUCUUGGACAGGUUUAUAAAGGCCGAUUAAAAGAAAACGGGGAUCUAGUUGCUGUCAAAGUGCAGAGGCCUUUUGUUCUGGAAACUGUUACAGUUGACUUGUACAUCAUUCGAAACUUGGGAUUGGUUCUUCGCAAGUUUCCUCAGAUCUCCGUUGACGUGGUUGGUUUGGUCGAUGAAUGGGCAGCACGUUUCUUUGAAGAGCUUGAUUAUAUUAAUGAGGGUGAAAAUGGUACACGUUUUGCUGAAAUGAUGAGAAAGGACCUUCCACAGGUGGUUGUACCAAAAACCUACAGUAAGUAUACUUCAAGAAAGGUUCUUACAACUCAAUGGAUAGAUGGUGAAAAGCUGUCGCAAAGCACAGAGAGUGAUGUUGGUGAGCUGGUUAAUGUUGGGGUUAUAUGCUAUCUGAAGCAGUUGCUUGAUACUGGAUUUUUCCAUGCUGAUCCGCACCCCGGAAAUCUAAUUCGAACUCCUGAUGGGAAGUUGGCAAUACUUGAUUUCGGCUUGGUUACAAAAUUAACUGAUGAUCAGAAGUAUGGGAUGAUUGAAGCAAUUUCUCACCUAAUUCAUCGAGAUUAUGAAGCUAUAGUCAAAGACUUUGUGAAACUGGAUUUCAUAUCAGAGGGGGUUAAUUUGGAGCCCAUUUUACCAGUUCUUGCUAAAGUUUUUGACCAAGCACUUGAAGGUGGGGGAGCGAAGAACUUCAAUUUUCAGGAGCUUGCAUCAGAUCUGGCACAGAUAACUUUUGAUUAUCCAUUCCGUAUACCCCCUUAUUUUGCUUUGAUAAUUCGAGCGAUAGGGGUGUUAGAAGGCAUUGCUUUGGUUGGAAAUUCCGAUUUUGCUCUCGUGGAUGAAGCCUACCCAUACAUUGCACAGAGGCUCUUGACUGAUGAUUCUCCACGUUUAAGGAAAGCUCUUCGAUAUACCAUCUAUGGUAAAUCUGGAGUUUUUGAUGCUGAGAGAUUUAUCGAUGUCAUGCAAGCUUUUGAAACUUUCAUUGUGGCUGCCAAAAGUGGAGGAGGAGAGGAUUUGAAUGGUAGAAUGGCUGAACUUGGCAUUCUCCAGACCGAACAGAGUAAUGAUUUUGCUGGUAUUUCUUUAAAUUCACCAUUGAAUCAGCAGGUUCAGACAAGAGCUGCUUUAUCAUUUCUGCUAUCUGACAAGGGAAACUUUUUCCGAGAAUUUCUUCUGGACGAGAUUGUGAAAGGCAUUGAUGCAGUGACAAGGGAGCAGCUGGUAAAAGCAACGGCUUCCCUUGGUAUUGCUCCUGUAUUAAGUAUGGUUCCUGCCUUUGGGCCCAUCAAACCUGCAAUGCUUCUACCUACUAUCAAUGCGGAGGACAAAAUCAUUCUGAACAAUGUGCAAAGGGUAGUAGAGUUCCUUGUAGCUGGAAGCUCCCUAGCAAGAAAAUCAAAUGAGGCCAUAAAUGUUGAUCAGGCAACAAGAGAGCUUCUUUCUCUGUUGCCAGGUUUGUCUGCUAAAGUAUUGCCCGAAGUAGCUAGUCGGCUGGGUUCAAGAGUGGCAGCACGGUUUAUUCGAGAUACAUUGUUAUAAGUAGUUACAGACUCACAGUUCGUUGAAGCAAAGUGUACAAUCUCUCAUCCUGCCCGGCCUUAUGCUGUGAAAGCAUUCAUCAACUGAGUACUCCGUAUAUAUUAUCUUCGCCCACACUUAUACAACUACACCUGACAGCAAAAUAUCGGUGAGACCCUUAUGAAAACCAUUAAGGAUGCAACAGUCACUAAGUGUACAUGUUUACUCUAAUUUCUUUUUGAAAUAUAUCCAAUAAUACUAUCAACAAAAUAUGAAAAAGUAAUUCAGGAGAAGAAAAGUCAUUGAUUAUUUGCCUU